AUGGCGGAGCCGGCGGAGCUGCAGCAGGAGUCAGUGGUGCGGUUCCUGGCGGCGCGGGGCGGGCGGGCGCGCAACGCGGAGCUGCUGGAGCAUUUCCGGGACUGGCUGAGCCCCGCGGAGCCCGCCCGCCGCGCCGCCGCCCGGCACCGUUUCAAGGAGCUGGUCAACGCCGUGGCCACUGUGCGCCAAGAGCCCGGCACCGGAGUCAAGUACGUGCACCUCCGCCGCCGGUACUGCGCCCCGGCGCCCCCCACCGCCGCCCCCGCGACCCCCGGGGAGCAGGAGCCGCCGCCGGCGGUGAGAAACAGCGCGGAGCGGUCGAGCCCGCCGCCCUCGCCACGGGCGGGCGCUGAGGAGGCGCCGCCGCCGCCGCCGGCAGCGGGCGAGGAUGCCGGCAGUCGCCCGCAGCCCGCGGGGCGGCGGGGAGAGCCGCCCCGGCCGAGCACCGCGGCGGCCGGGGGCCAGCGGAGGGGCUCCCGCCGGGGGCCGCGGCCCGGACGCAGUGGAGGCGGUGGCGAGGAGAGCGCGGUAGCGGAGGGCCCAGGGCAGGCCCCCCCACCAGCAGAGGAGACGGCGGCGGCCGAGGGUGCCCCCGGGGCGGUGGCGCAGAGCGGCGGCCGCCGGAGCCUGCGGGAGGCGGCGCGGGGCGGCUCCCCCCAGCUGAAGCGCGGCGCCCUCCCCGGCGGGGGCCGCGGCCGCGACUCGGACAGCGCCUCGGUGGCGUCGUCCUCCGCCGAGGACGAGGGGAGCACCACCGGCGCCGUGGCCCUGGACCCCCUGGAGCACGCCUGGAUGCUGUCGGCCUCGGACGGGCGGUGGGAGAGCCUGGAGGGACUGCUGAGCUGCGAGCCGGCGCUGCUCUGCAAGCGGGACUUCAUCACCGGCUUCACGGUGCUGCACUGGGCCGCCAAGCACGGGCGGCAGGAGCUGCUGGCCACGCUGGUCAACUUCGCCCAGCGGCACCGGCUGCCCGUGGACAUCAACGCCCGCACGAGCGGCGGGCACACGGCGCUGCACAUCGCCGCCAUGCACGGCCACGCCGAGGUGGUGAAGCUGCUCGUGGGUGCCUACGACGCCGACGUGGACAUCCGCGACUACAGCGGGCGCAAGGCUGCGCAGUACCUGCACCACAGCACCUCGGGGGACAUGCGGAGCCUCGUGGGGGCCCUAGAGGAGGAGGAGGAGGAGGAAGGGAAUGCUGGCAAUGGGAGCGGGCGCUGGAGGCUGUCCAAGGUGUUGCCGUCCAACCUCAUGAGCUACCGGCUCUCCCACCACCAUCACAGCACUGGGGAGGAAGCUGAGGGCACCGACGGGGCAGCAGUGCCGGGCAAGGGCAAGGAGAUGACCAGGAAAGCCUCCGGCAGUGGACGGAUGAAGCCUCGGCUUAAUAAGAUCCGCUUCAGGACUCAGAUCAUCCACAACACGCCCUCCUUUCGUGGUGACACUGAGGAAGAAGAGCAUGAGGAGAAAUCCCUCAAAACAUCGUUCAAGCUCAGGCCAAAGUCCAAUGUUUUUGGAUAAGGCUGUGGAGCAGGAGGUCUGGGAGGUGGGUGCAUGGACCAAAGUGCCCUAAGGUGUAGCACAGAAGGUGAGGCAGAUCCUAGUGGGUGCUCAUCUACACUCGUGGAUUCCAGCCAAAGGGGUUCUGAGUAUCUUGCUUUAACUCUCAGCUCAGUGGUGUCAGUGAGCCCAGUGGGUCAGCGGGGCUCUGGGAGCUCACAGCUCCCAAGAGCAGCUGCUUUGGCCGGGUCCUCGGUGCUGAAAUAAGAGCCAGCAGAUGGGCUGAGAAACGCUGGGGUGUUUAAAAGCUGUGCUCCUUUCUCUCUAAAAGCAGGCUUCAGUAUCAUAAACCGGUGUUAGUGGAUCUACUAGGAUUAGCGAGUCGAGGGGGAAAGAAAAGGGCAAAUGCUUUACUCUUGUAUUGUCACUUGGUACUAUAAACUACUGGCAAACAACUUGCUGUGUCAGAACACCUCAGUUAUAUGCAAGUAUACCUUAAGUUUCUAUUUAACAGCAAUACCACCUGGCACAAUGUGCAGUUGGGUACCCAAAAUGAGAUGGUAGAGAGUGGUUUCCUGUAAGAACCCAAGCUUUGAGCCAUCAAAGACUUGAGCCUGUUGACUUUAUGCAUUGCAAAUUGCCUGAUUUGACGUGAAUAUAUUUAAAAAAAAAAAUUGCACUGCAAACAAUGAAUAAAGUUAACCAUGUGCAGAAGUCUCUGUUGUUUGAGGUACUACUGAGCUUGCUUAUUGCUGUUGGAAUACUAAUUCAAGAUAAUAGAAGCAAAGAGUUUUUACAUAUUUGGUAUCUUAUGUUUUGUCUUAGGCAAAGCAAUUUUAUUUUAAUCACUGUGAAUUCUCAAGUGCCAGACCUAGCGCAGUUCCAGUUAUUAAGUCUGGUCAAUUCCUCUUAAUAUUCUCUGUGUAACUCACUACAUUUAAAAUCAGAAAAUUGUGUUGUAUGUGUUACCUGUGAAAGUUGUUCUCUUUUAGAAUAAAAGAGCAAGACACCAUUGCAUGAAAUCUUCAUGAAACUCUAAUAUGGUCCUGUACAGGUCUGCAUUCACUAGCAACUUGUGUGCCAGUCCCUUCAACUGACUUUGUGCAGAAAUGGAGAGAAAAAUAAAAAAGAGGGGGAAAAAAAAGGAAGGUGUGUGAAUUCACACAUGGAGUGAAAAACUAGAAUUCUGAAACUCUAUCCUUGUUUAUCAUUCUGAGUGAAGCAGUAUAAUUGCAUAUCAUAAUCUAGUUAAGUGAUGGCAAUGGUUUUUGAGUUCUUUUAAACCUGUAUGUCUAGAGAAGUGAUAGCCAAGGCUUUGAACUGUUGUUUAACAACGUAGUAAGUCUUAAUCUGAUUGAUGAGCCUAUCCGUCUGCUAAACCUUUCGGAAACCUUGAAUCUUGUUUCUCUGCUUUAAAGAUAGCAAUUCCAGUGAAAUCUAGCAGGCAGAUUUGUAUCCAUAUUCAGCUUUCCUUAAGAAUUGAGGUAUUGAGCUGACCCUGGAUCCUGAAUGCUGCUCAAGGUAGCAGCUCAUCUGUGUUCAGUUGUUAAGGUUUGGCCUGUUUCAAUGCAACAUUUGUCAAAGCGCGAUUCGAGUUGGCUUCCUAGAAUGGAUGUGCAUGUCUGGCCAAUAGUUAACCAAAAGUAGAUAGGCUUUGACACGUUAAAAUCCAAAUUUGAGACACUGAUUAAAUGCAUGCCACAAGCUGUAGAACACCUCACAGGGGAGCUGCUGCUGGGAGUUGUGCACUUUCAAGGUAACAGCUGUCUGUGGUUCUUGCUGGUGGCUUACAUUUCUUGUAGCAGCAGGGGAAGGAAGUUCUGCCAAUGCAUUGGCUUUAGACUUCCCAUGCAGAUAAAUUACCAGUUUCUGCACUUUGUGUCAAAGCUAAUAAAUGACAGUGUUUGCAUAGGCAUGCAAGCGACACUUUAACUAUUUCUGGGGAAAGUUACAUUUAAAAAAAUUAAAUCUCUGUGUAGGUGCUGGUCAUUACUUUUGUGCAAAAAGACUAGAAAUUAUACAGAGGUUCAGGUUUAGUUUAUAACUUUUAAGCUAUAUUGAUAUAGAUUUCAUGUGCCUUCUUGGGUUGGUUGCCACAAAUGUGAUGGAUAAAAUCAGUCUUGCAAAGCACUUUUUCUUUACAUCUGUGGAUCUGUGGGAUGGGACCAGAAAUUUUCCCUUGGCCCUUCCCAUUUAAGCUGUACACCUCUAUAAAAAUGGGGUGUCUGAAAUAGAGGGAGGGACCAAUCAUACAAAUUAUAGCAUAGAGCUAAUUCGGUUGCAACAGAAAAGAAAAUUAAAUGCCUAAGUCUUAAACUUCCUUCUCUCUGGAAGAUAAAUCACUUUUUAGACUUCUUUAGGAAGGAAGUUUUCUGACUGAAUGCUUGCAACAUGAACUCAAUUAAGAACAUAUUCCAUGCAACUACCAGUGUCCAGACCUUAUUAAAGUAGCUUUUCUGCUUUGAGAGUUUAUAGUUGUUUCAUACAAAGCUGUUGGGUGAAGUGUUUAUCUCUUCACAUGGAAAUAGCAAAGAAUUGCACAAAAAUAAUGAGUUUUAGAUAGAUGUUGGGUUCUGGGGGAAUAAUUUGAGGGUUUUGAAUAUAGCACACCUUGGAUUUGAAGAGACUUAACUGGAACAUAAUCUUGCGUAAUACGGUAGAACUUUGGUAAUUAUUACGGGAACUUGAAAAAUAGGAAAAAGAUGCCUCAUUUAUAACUCAUUACUUGAUGUAUCAAAGUGAAAUUGUUGGUCCACUGAUACUGUUCACCUGUCAAUUAAUGAAAUUUCACCACAAUGGUCCAAAGGUCUUUGCAAGGUGGGGUGCAACAGAGCAAACAUCUCUUGGUGUUUGAGAUAUACUGAGGAAUCACUAGAUAACUACUCGUGUCUGUCUGUGCUAUGGAACUAAAGCACUUUGAUUUCACAAUUAUGACUUGUCACAUUCCACAGGGUUACUUUUUAUAACAUGAGCUAAAAUUUAAUGGGGUUUUUUGAGAUGGGAAAGACUCUGUUACAAGAUAUUUACAGUCUAAAUGUACGCUUGAGUCAAAUAUUUUGGAUACAUUGCCUAGAAAGAUGUGAAUUUGAAAUAAAGUUGUAUGGUACAGAAAACUGGAGCACUUACUGGUAUGUUUUAAAUGGUACGUCUGAAGUUACUGGAUGUGUUCAAUUUUUAUGAUGUGUGUAAGGUGGCAAGACUGUAAUGUAAACAUUUGGUAUCUUUUGUUGAACCAUAUGUUUGAAAAAAAUUAGAGGCCUGGAAGUCAGUUUUUAUUACGCUUUUUAUGGGUGUCUCUCUGAAUGAUUAUGAGUUAAGAAUCUGUAAGCUUUGGUUUUACAAAAUAAAAGAGCCCAUGAACGGUU